AUGUUUGGUGCUGCUGUGGUACUGGGUCAGGAUGGCUGGAGUGUAACAUACACCACUCAGAGUAUCUGUACCUUGAAGGGGUCAACAGUGAAGCUGUCCUGCUCUUACACAUAUCCCAGAGGUUAUACAAUCACAACAACGUUUUGGUUCACUAAACAUGAUGCUGGGGAGAAUUAUGUAAGUCUGAGUGAUGAACCAGACUACAAAGGACGUGGGACAUACCGUAAGGAUAAAGAGAAUGGUCACACCCUGUCAAUCACAGACCUGAGAGAGAGUGACUCAGCUACGUACAAAUUCAGAUUUACAGAUCAGACUGGAGGAUGGAGAUAUACUGGCAUUCCUGGAGUCACUCUGUCUGUCACAGGUCUUCAGGUGAAGGUGACUGGUGAGACACUGACCUGCAGCACCACCUGUACUCUGACUGACAACCCCACCUACAUCUGGUACAAGAACGGACACAAAGUAAAGGAGGACACUUCCAGCCUGUACUCAGACUCCUUUAGUGAUGCAGACAGUUACUCCUGUGCUGUAAAAGGCCAUGAGGAUCUCCUCUCUCCUGCAGUGUGUCAGAAGUGUUGGAGUGUGACUUACACCCAUCAGAGUAUCUGUGCUUUGAAGGGGUCAACAGUGAACAUAUCCUGCUCUUACACAUAUCCCAGUUAUCAUGAGAUCAAAAAAGCUUUGUGGUUUACUAAAUGGGAGUCUGGUAUGGAUGCUGAAGAUCUGAGCUCAGUGCCAGGGUAUGAGGGUCAUAUAGAGUACCUUGGGGAUAAGAAGAAUGACUGUACCCUGAGAAUCACAGACCUGAGAUUGAGUGACUCUGCUGGGUACAUGUUCAGAUUCAUAACAUCUGGAGAUAAGUUUUCUGGCUCACCUGUCUCCCUGACUGUCACAGGUAAUCUGUCACACAUUUCACAUACAGUUGAAGUCAGACGUUUACAUACACCUUAGUCAAAAACAUUUAAACUCAGUUUUUAACAAUUCCUGACAUUUAAUCAGAGUAAAAAUUCCCUGUUCUAGGUCAGUUAGGAUCACCAAAUUAUUUUAAGAUUGUGAAAUGUCAGAAUAAUAGUAGAGAGAAUGAUUUAUUUCAGCUUUGAUUUCUUUCAUCACAUUCCCAGUGGGUCAGAAGUUUACAUACACUCAAUUAGUAUUUGGUAGCAUUGCUUUU